CGUCCGCAUUACUUCUUCUUCGUCUCGCACAGUUGUUUAAACAUAGAUUACGCCAUGGAGUUUUCAAUGGCUGCUAACAGCACUCUCCCAGUGCCACUGGCACUUUUUGCCUUGUGUUCCAGCGCCGAGGGCUGGGGUCCAGUCUCGCAGUACCACGACUUCACCCCGUGCUUCGUCGACGGGCUUGUCAACGCCGCUUCCGGUUUCUUGCUCCUUCUCGGGGCGACCCAGGUUGCACGGAUGCGCGUGGCUAAGCCUUGGUAUCCGUUUGUCAAAGACUUUUACUUCUACCUUAAACUCUCCCUCGUGGCUUUCCAGGCUGCAUUGUAUGGCGGGUUGGCGGUUUUAGCCGCUCCUGGGUCUAUCGUGACCCCCGUUUUGGCGAUUAUUUCCCUCGUUGUUGCUUUUGCCGCCCACUACUUGCAGCACAACAAGCGUGUAGUGUCCUCUUCGGUCCUCCUCACCUACUGGUUCCUCUCCAUCGUGUUUGGUGCCUUCAAGUUGGUCAACUUCUGGAUGAGAAGCGACCUCAACGAUGCGUUCGUGGCCCAGGCGUUGCUCACGGCAAAUGCUCUUGUUAUCCUCAUUGUCGAGCACACCUCCACCAAGAAGGCCGCGCCUCGCGAUGUGGUGUUCCAGAAGCUCCUCGCGCGUUUGUCUCCAUACGAAAAGGCCGAUCUCUUCUCGAAAAUCACCUUCACGUGGAUGACCCCGUUGAUGCGCAAAGGCCACGAGCAAUUUUUGACAGAAAAGCACCUUCCAACCCUUCCUAAGGAGUUGCAGUCGUCCACCAGCUCCACCCUCUUCACCCUGAACUACUACAACGACGCCCACAAGCCAAAGAUCUCGCUCACACGGGCGUUGCUCAAGUCCUUUGCCCAGUCGUUUCUCCUCGGUGGUGUGUUCAAGGCUAUCCAGGAUUGCCUCGCCUUUGUCCAGCCACAGUUGUUGCGUCUCUUGAUCAAGUUCGUCACCACCUACACCGAUGAUAAAACGCCUCAAGAGCCGCUCAUCAAGGGUUUGGCCAUUGCCGGCGCUAUGUUCGUCGUCGGAGUGUGCCAGACCGCGGCCCUUCACCAGUACUUCCAACGCGCCUUCGACACCGGGAUGAAGCUCAAGUCGUCGUUGAUCUCCACCAUCUACCAGAAGUCACUCAAGCUCUCGAACGAGUCCAAGGGGUCGAAGAACACCGGCGAUAUUGUCAACUUGAUGUCCGUGGACACCCAGCGCUUGCAGGACCUCACCCAGAACCUCACCAUCAUGUGGUCCGGGCCGUUCCAGAUCAUCUUGUGUCUCGCUUCGCUCCACUCUUUGCUUGGAAACGCCAUGUGGGCCGGGGUCUUAAUCAUGGUCAUCAUGAUCCCGUUCAACGGCUUUUUGGCCAGGAUCCAGAAGACCCUCCAGAAGCAGCAGAUGAAAAACAAGGACGAGAGAACUAGACUCAUCUCCGAGAUCUUGAACAACAUCAAGUCCUUGAAGCUCUAUGGCUGGGAGGAGCCGUACAAGAGCAAGCUCAACUAUGUGAGAAACGAGAAGGAGCUCAAGAACUUGAAGGUCAUGGGCAUCUUUCAGGCCAUUUCCAACCUCACCUGGAGCGUUGCACCAUUCUUGGUAUCUUGCUUCACCUUUGCGUUGUUUGUGACCAUCAACAAGGAUACGCCGUUAUCCACCGAUAUUGUGUUCCCCGCCUUGGCGUUGUUCAACUUGCUCUCCUUCCCGCUUGCCGUGAUUCCAAACGUCAUCACCUCCGUAGUCGAGGCCUCCGUCGCUAUCUCGCGUUUGUCCUCUUUCUUUGAGAUGGAGGAGUUGCAGAUAGAUGCAGUGCAGAGAAUUCCUACCAAGGCUGCCAACGUAGGCGACAUUUCUGUCGAAGUCUCCGGUGGUACCUUUUUAUGGUCCCGCGUCCCAACCUACAAAGUGGCUCUUUCUGACAUCAACUUCAUUGCCAGAAAGGGUCAGUUGACCUGUGUCGUGGGAAAGGUUGGCUCGGGUAAGUCCUCAUUGGUACAGGCGAUUCUCGGUGACUUGUACAAGUCGCAGGGUACGGUGGUCACCCAUGGUAAGAUCGCCUACACCUCCCAGGUUGCCUGGAUCAUGAACGGUACCGUCAAGGAAAAUAUCUUGUUCGGUCACAAGUAUGACCCGGCGUUCUACCAGCAGGUCUUGAAGGCCUGUGCUUUGACUGUCGACUUGCAGAUCUUGCCAGAGGGCGAUGCCACCGAGGUGGGUGAGAAGGGUAUCUCGCUUUCUGGUGGACAAAAGGCCAGAUUGUCCUUGGCCCGUGCCGUGUACUCCCGCGCCGACAUCUACUUGCUUGACGACCCUUUGAGUGCCGUUGACGAACACGUCGGAAGACAUCUCAUCGAUCACGUGCUUGGGCCAAACGGUUUAUUGUCCCACAAGUGUAAGAUUUUGGCUACCAACUCGAUCAGCGUCUUGGAGAUUGCUAACCACAUCAGUAUGGUUUCCGGCGGCGAGAUUGUGGAGUCAGGUACCUAUAUGGAUGUUUUGGCCAAGCCGGAAUCCCACUUAGCGCAGUUGAUCAACGAAUUUGGUAAGAAAAAGAGAACCGGUGCUGCCGAGUCCGUUAUCACCACUAGAGCUGGUACGCCGGAUAACGUGAACUUGGAUAACUUGGAGUCGGACGUGGCUUCCUUGGUCGAUGGUGUUUCCUUGAGAAGAGCCUCUCUUGCGUCGCUCCGAUACCACGACGACGAGGAGGAAGACGUGGAGCAGCAGAAUGGAGCUUCUACUAACAAGUACGAGUUCCGAGAACAGGGUAAGGUCAAGUGGGACGUGUACUUUGCCUACGCCAAGGCCUGUAAUCCUCAGUGGGUCAUUCUCUUGUUAUCAUUUAUGGUUUUGUCGAUGGGUGCUUCUGUUAGCGGCAACUUGUGGUUGAAGCACUGGUCCGAGGUAAACACCGAAAAGGGCUACAACCCACACGUUGGUAUGUAUUUGGGGGUCUAUUUUGGUCUCGGGUUCUUGGCUUCGAGUUUGACCUUGUCCCAGACCGUCAUUUUAUGGAUCUUCUGCUCCAUCCAGGGCUCCAAGUACCUUCACAACGGUAUGGUCGACUCCGUGUUGCGGGCGCCAAUGUCCUUUUUUGAAACCACGCCUAUUGGCCGUAUCUUGAACCGUUUUUCGAACGAUAUCUACAAGGUGGACGAGAUCUUGGCACGUGUGUUCUCCAUGUUCUUUGCCAACUCCGUCAAGGUUUUGUUUACUAUUAUCGUUAUUUGCUUCACCACCUGGGAGUUCUUGUUCAUGGUCUUGCCAUUGGGGGUUUUGUACAUAUACUACCAACAGUACUACUUGAAAACCUCCCGCGAAUUGAGAAGAUUGGACUCUGUCUCCAGAUCGCCGGUGUUUGCCCACUUCCAGGAAACUUUAAACGGUGUGUCUCUUUUGAGAGCCUAUGGCCAGGAGGAGCGCUUCAACUUUUUGAAUGAAUCCAAGGUUGACCGCAAUAUGCAGGCCUACAACCCUUCGAUCAAUGCCAACAGAUGGUUAGCAGUCAGAUUGGAGUUUCUCGGGUCUUUGGUCAUUCUCGGUGCUGCUGGCCUCUCCAUCAUUGCGCUCCCAUCGGGUAAGAUCACCGCCGGUAUGGUUGGUUUGUCUGUUAGUUACGCCUUGCAAAUCACGCAAUCCUUGAACUGGAUUGUCAGAAUGACCGUCGAGGUUGAAUCCAACAUUGUGUCCGUUGAGCGGAUUAUGGAAUACUCUGAGUUGGUUCCGGAGGCCCCGGAAAUCAUCGAGUACAACCGUCCACCUGCCAACUGGCCGCGGCAAGGUGCCAUCAAGUUCAACGAGUACUCCACCAAGUACAGACCGGAGCUUGACUUGGUUUUGCGCAAGAUCAGUUUGGAGAUCAACCCAAGAGAGAAGGUGGGGAUUGUCGGGAGAACCGGUGCUGGUAAAUCCUCUUUGACCAUGGCCUUGUUCAGAAUCAUCGAGUCCACCCACGGGAAUAUCGAAAUCGACGGCAUUCGUACCAGCAGCAUUGGCUUGUCCGAUUUGAGACACAAGUUGUCGAUUAUCCCACAGGAUUCGCAGGUGUUCGAGGGUACUAUCAGAGACAACUUGGAUCCUACGGAGGUGUUCUCUGACGAACAGAUCUGGAAGGCCUUGGAGUUGAGUCACCUCAAGCACCACGUGUUGACCAUGGAGCAGGACGGAGAGGGCUCCGGCUUGCACGUGAAGUUAUCCGAAGGUGGAUCCAACUUAUCCGUGGGUCAGCGCCAGUUAAUGUGUCUUGCACGUGCCUUGUUGAUUCCUUCUGCCAUUUUGGUGUUGGACGAAGCCACCGCGGCGGUCGAUGUCGAAACCGACAGAUUGAUUCAGGAAACCAUCAGAGACGCGUUCAAGGACAGAACAAUCUUGACCAUUGCGCAUAGAUUGAACACCAUUUUGGACUCUGACCGUAUCAUUGUCUUGGAGAAGGGUGAGGUUGCCGAAUUCGAUACCCCAGCGAAUUUGUUGAAGAAGAAGGAGUCCUUGUUCUACGCCUUGUGCAAGGAGGGUGGGUUUGUUAAUGAAGAAUAGGCCGAAAGUUUAAAGUGCUUUUAGUAUAGAUUAAGUAUGUUGUUGAAAAUAAAAGGUUUGUAAGCCAAAAUC